UGUCAGGUCUAAUCCAGCUUAUCGUUCCAGAGGAAACAUCGUUCAAGCUUCACCACGGACCUCUGUACAAGUUCGUGGUUUCAUUAGCAGGAUUGUUGUCGUUCCCGUGCGAAGGGAAGCUGCUGAUCAAGUAACUGCUUAGUUCUUGAACCAAACUCAAGAUGCCAACAAAUGCACUCCUUGUCCAGCUGCUUACUCAACCGCAUCUUCAACCCUCAGAAGUAGCGAAGAAUGGACCAAGUACCAGCAACAAAUAUGUCUUGAAUAUGCCUUCCUGCACCAUAAUGAACAAGGUACAGCUGGAGCACGCCAUUGACAACAACACUCAGGUGCUUCAAAAAGAUCUGCACGAGCAAAGAUUGAAGCAGCUGAGGAAACUGUUGAAAGACAUCCAGGAGGAUGACUGGCAGUAUGAGCCUGUGGAACAGCUUAUUGGCCUCAAGUGAUCUCCCCUUCCAUGCUGCUUUCUUCUUCUCUGAGCUGUACAAGGAAAGCACCUAGGGCUGGUACAAGAGAAACAACCAGGGAUUUUUGAGCCAUUUCAGGAAAGAUUAGACAAAAGUAGUACCAUAUUGCAACUGUUGGUUUAAUGUUACUUUAGGCUUUGAGAGUGGACAUCACUUUUGAUGAAAACACUUUAUGAGCAUAUUGUCUGGAGGUACUAAUGUUCACUUAAAGCAUAAAUUACUCUGAUUUUCUUUUUAAUCACACUGAUGGUGCCAUAAUAGCAAAAGAAAGAGAUUUUGUAAUAAAUGUAUUAUUUUCA